GCUAGCAGACGCCUCCCGCCCCCCGCAUUGCUGAUGCUGCUGCUGGCAGACAUGGACGUGGUGAAUCAGCUGGUGGCUGGGGGUCAGUUCCGUGUGGUCAAGGAGCCCCUCGGCUUCCUGAAGGUGCUGCAAUGGGUAUUUGCCAUCUUCGCCUUUGCCACGUGCGGCAGUUACAGUGGGGAGCUCCGGCUGAGCGUGGACUGUGCCAACAAGAGCAAGAGUGACCUCAACAUCGAGGUGGAAUUCGAGUACCCCUUCAGGCUGCACCAAGUGUACUUUGAUGCACCCACCUGCGGAGGGGGCACUACCAAAGUCUUCCUGGUGGGAGACUACUCCUCAUCGGCCGAAUUCUUUGUCACCGUGGCUGUGUUUGCUUUCCUCUACUCCAUGGGAGCUCUGGCCACCUACAUCUUCCUGCAGAACAAGUACCGGGAGAACAACAAAGGGCCCAUGCUGGACUUUCUGGCCACGGCAGUGUUUGCCUUCAUGUGGCUUGUUAGCUCGUCGGCAUGGGCCAAGGGGCUAUCGGACGUGAAGAUGGCCACAGACCCAGAGAACAUUAUCAAGGAGAUGUCUGUCUGCCACCAGGCAGGGAAUACAUGCAAGGAGCUGAGGGACCCUGUGACCUCUGGCCUCAACACCUCGGUGGUGUUCGGUUUCCUGAACCUGGUACUCUGGGUCGGCAACCUGUGGUUCGUGUUCAAGGAGACAGGCUGGGCCGCCCCAUUCCUGCGCGCGCCUCCCGGCGCCCCCGAGAAGCAACCGGCGCCCGGGGACGCCUAUGGCGAGGCGGGCUACGGGCAGGGCCCCGGCGGGUACGGACCCCAGGACUCCUACGGGCCCCAGGGCGGCUACCAGCCUGACUACGGACAGCCCUCCGGCGGCAGUGGCGGCGGCUACGGGCCUCAGGGCGACUAUGGGCAGCAAGGCUACGGCCCUCAGGGUGCGCCCACCUCCUUCUCCAAUCAGAUGUAGUCUGGUCAGUGCAGCCCGGGAGGACCCCAUGGGUGGGCAAGAGCUCAGGAGAAGGCCUGCCCCCCUUCGCACCCCUACACCCCAGGUCUCCGUCCCUCACGUCAGGAGACUCUUAACUGUCUU